GGGAUCCCACGCGUGAGAUACUAUGUGAAGAAAGAAAACCUCUCGAUCUUCGUCUUCAAACAAACAAACCCUAUCUCGCUUCCAAUUCGUAACUUGUACCAAUCACUUUACCCUCAAUUCCAAAAUUCCCAUUAACCAUAAAACCAAACCUUCCAUGAAAUUCUUCACGCAAACUUCCACCAUUCUCUCCGAAUCAGAUUCCACCCUUUCAUAACCCUCGAAGAAUCUUCUUCGUCUUCUUCUUCGUCGCUUUCUAUGGAGGGCUCUUCAGAGGAUCUUGGAGGAGCCCCUGAAUCAUGGGAGGUUGCAGAUUUAGACGAUUCCAUGAACCGCUUGAACCUUCUGAUUUCAUCCAACAAAGAUUCUAACGCCGAUGGUGCUGCUUCGCCGCAUCUUCCCAAUUCGUCUUCUUCUUCAAUUAGUGGUGAUAAUGUCUCCGAUGAUGCCGUUAAUCAGGUUGAUCAAUUUCUUCGUGAAGCAAUUCAAAACCCUCGUGAACGUCUUUCAAUUUUACGGAUCGAACAAGAUGUUCUGAAUUUUAUUAAAGAUCCUCAUCAACAGCAGCUUGAAUUUAAUCAGCUUCCAACAUCCUAUUUAAGGUUGGCUGCACACCGGGUGGCUCAGCAUUAUUCAUUGCAGUCAAUGGUUUUACAGGAUAAUAAUAGUUUACCGGAUGGUUCUGGGUCAAGAAUUAUUGUUAGCAAAACUGCUGAAUGUAAGCGUCCUGUUAUUCGCCUUGCAGACAUCCCAGUAAAAUUGCCGUCAGAAAACAAUGCUGUGAUGAAGGUUGCAAUCAAACCGAGGCCACAGAAGCAGACACAGACUUUUGGCAAUGCAAAUUCAAACUCAGGGAAGAAAAACAGCUCUAAAAGUGUGGAAGAGAGGAAAGAGGAAUAUAAUAGGGCUCGUGCCAGGAUCUUUAACUCGAGCAAUAAUGGUGGUACAGUGGGUGGGAAGCCAGAAUGUGAGACAAGGCAACAGGAUAACUCAUUGCAUGGUUCCUCUCUGUUUACCCGUGUGGAAGAUAAAUAUGCUUCUGUAUCUGAUGUUAGUUCCAGUAGGGGGAUGGUUGGUUCUUCAACAUAUACCAAUAGGGGGCUGGUUGAAUCUUCAACUAAUACGAGUAGGGGGCUGGUUGAAUUUUCAACUAAUACCAGUAGGGGGCUGGUUGAAUCUUCAGCUAAUACCAGUAGGGGGCUGGUUGAAUCUUCAACUAAUACCAGUAGGGCUAGAAAUAGGACAGAGAAGGAGCCAGUUGGUAGGUACAGGCAAAGUAACAGGGUGGCCAUAUUCCGGGACCGUGAAAUUGACCGCAAGGAUCCUGAUUAUGACAGAAGCUAUGAUCGGUAUAUGCAAAGAUUUGAUCCUGGAUUUGGAUUCAAUGGAGGAUCAUACCCAAUGCAGCCAAUGUAUGCACCGAUUGUGAAUUACAACACCGAGUUUCCACAGCUUGGAUCCCCUCAUGGCCCCCAGCGAUCCGCAGAACACCAACCACGGCCUCUCCCGCAGCAUAUAUCAGGGCAGCAUAUAUCAGGAACUUGGGUUCCACAAUCAACACCUGCUGGAAUUGGAUAUGGACAUCCAGAAACCAUGAUGUCACCAUUUAAUCCUAAUCAAGUUGGUAUACACUCUUCAUCAACCAUGUAUUUGCAUUCAUCUCAGUAUCCUUGUCAGCACCCGGGAAUGCCUUUUAUCCAUCCCGAACAUAUUCACCAGCCUUUUGCACAGUCUCAUCAGCCACCACCUGAUGCAAGUUUUGGAUUGGCCCGGCCCCGAUGAGGGGCAUAGGCCAUGCCUGCACCCAAUCAGCCUGAGCUAUACAAUGUAAGAUGAUGGUCUGCUGCAGCUACAGACCUCUUUCAGCUGAUUGGAGUGUAGGCAUAUAGGCCGAGUUGGGCUGGAAUGGAUUUGUGUAUUUCUUCAAAAACCAGAUCCAAUCCUCUCAUCUCGGUUUUCGAAGGUUGCUUCAUGCAUCUUCCAUGAGCACCAUGACUAUGUUUCUCUUGUGGACAUUUGAUAUUUUAUGAGGAGCUUUUGGAGCACACACACUGCUGCUCGUGAAGAAAAGAGUAAACCGAGGACUUCUGCAGAGCCAUAUAAGUUUGUGCUUGACUUGGAUGAAGCUUCAGCUUCCCAAAAAGAGGUAAAGGGAUUUCUGAUCUUGCUUGGCAACAUUUGCCUUCAGAUGGCAGGAGCUUUUGUGCUGAAGAUUUAACUGGAGUUUUCUAGCUCUUGCUAUUCCCUAUAUACUUUAGAGUUUGGCAAAUUAUCCCGAACCUAGUAUGGCCAACUUCUGUGGAUAUUAGUUUGUAUAUUUUACUCUUCGUACUUUUGGUUCUUUUCUUUCAGAUGUUUUAAUUCCAAUAUUAUGCCAAUUUUUGGUAAUUAUGAUUCACAGAGGACAUAUGUGAUGAUGAUUCUAUA